GAUUCCAAACCCAAAUUAAUUUGUAUCGGAGGGAGAGAGAGAGUCCAAGAGAGAAAAUCACAUGGAUCUGUUUGUUUACUGAGAAAACUUCGCUCCAAUUUCACUGGGAUUCAAAUUCUUCUGUGAUUUUUUGCUUCGGUAAAGUGAACAGUGAUCCCAAUUUACCUCUCACAAAUCGUGGGUCUGUUCUCAAAGAGUCAACAGAGGGGGUCCUGAGAGAAGAGAAGAAAAACAAUGGAUGAUAGCUGUGCUGUCUGUGCUGAGACACUUCAAUGGGUCGCCUAUGGUCCAUGUGGCCAUCGGGAGGUCUGCUCCACCUGCAUUGUUCGCCUCCGUUUCAUCUGUGGAGAUUCCCAUUGCUGUAUCUGCAAGAGUGAAUCUAAGACCAUCUUUGUGACCAAGGCGUUAGGCGACUAUACAAGGAUGAUCAGUGACUUUUCUGCUUUGCCAGCGCCUCUAAUGGAGGGUCAACUUGGACCAUACUGGUACCAUGAAGGAACACAAGCCUAUUUUGAUGAUAUUGAUCAUUACAAGAUGAUAAAGGCCAUGUGCAGGCUAUCAUGUAGUUUUUGUAAUAAGAUUAAUGAACAAAGGAGUGAAAGGUCGAAGAAAAAAGGGGAAUUUAAAAAUGUUGAGCAGCUGAAAAAUCAUUUGUUUCAUCGGCAUAGGCUGUUCAUGUGCAGUCUGUGCCUGGAGGGAAGGAAGAUAUUUAUCUGUGAGCAAAAGUUAUAUACUAAAGCACAAUUGGAUCGGCAUACAGAGACAGGUGAUUCAGAGGUAGAUGGCAGUGAGAGUGAAAGAGGUGGGUUUAAUGGACACCCUAUGUGUGAGUUUUGCAAAAAUCCAUUUUACGGAGAUAAUGAGCACUACAUGCAUAUGUCCACCGAGCAUUUUACUUGUCAUAUAUGCCAAAGGCAGUGUCCAGGACAGUAUAAAUACUACAGUAACUAUGACAACUUGGAGAUUCAUUUUCAACAAGUGCACUUCUUAUGCAAGGAUGAUGCCUGCCUAACAAAAAAGUUUGUUGUUUUUGCAACUGAAUCUGAAAUGAAGAGGCAUAAUGCCAAAGAACAUGGAGGGAACAUGUCUCGCUCCCGGCGUAGUGCUGCUCUUCAGAUACCAGUAAGCUUCCAGUGUAGGAGAAGUAAUGAGGAGAAUCAUCAUGGACUGCAUGCUGGACGACAUGGUUCUGAUGUUGAUGCUGAAGAUAAUCAACUUUCCCUGACUGUUCAAGCUAGUGCUGAUACAGCCAAUGCAGAAAGGUUACGUAAUACAUCCUCUACUGUCCAAGCAGUUUUUGAUCGUCGAGGAGCAAGUGACUCUGGGAUUAUUGCUAGCCGUUUUGAGUCAUUAGCUGCUACAGAAACUGAGUCAUCUGUAAGAUGCUCUAAUGCUUUACGAGAAAAUUCACGUAAUGUACUGGCAGAAGAAUCAGCCUUCCCUCCACUUCCUCUGGCUCAAAGUAGCAGGCAACAGAAAUUUAGAAAUGGUUCUGAACAUAUGGAUGGUAGCACAAUGGCUUCUCGCGUUCGUCGCCUUAAUACCGUAAAUGUCCUCAAUUCUUCUUCAGCUUGGCCAACAGCAAGACGUCAACCUAAAUCAUCUGCCAGUAGUUCUCACCAGUUAUCAUCAUCUACUUCUCCUGUAUUUUCCCAGAGUAAUACUUCAACGAUUAAUAGGACUAUGCCUUCCGGAUAUGCAAGUCCUGGUCCAGAGAGACAAGCUGCAGCUAACGGUUUUGUAUCAUCGAAUUUUCUUAGCACAGGGAAGUCACCUAGAACUAGUAGGGUGGGCCACUCUACUUCAGCUCCAAACCUUGUUGAGAGAGGAUCUGUAGACUCUGAUUGUCCUUCUGUAUCAGCUACUCAAACUAGUAGAGAACCUGCAAGUAGUAGGACAAUAUUACCCAAGGUUGGAGAUGUUCAGACUGCCAACAAGUCCCUUGUAGAAAAAAUCCGUGAUGCUUUAGAGUUUGAUGAGAACAAAUUCACCACAUUCAAAAAAUUAUCUGGAAAGUACCGCAAGGAUUUAAUCAACACGGGGGAAUAUCUGGCCUGUGUGGACCAGUUUGGCCUGUCACACUUGGUUCUUGAGCUAGCUCAACUGUGUCCUGAUGCUGAGAAGCAAAGAGAGCUUGUUGAGACUUACAAUUUCAACAUGAAGAGCAGCGGUUCUCAUGGCAAGUCAAAGAGCAGUUCCAAGAAAGGCAAGGAAAAAUGUGUAGAUAAUGGAACCACUAGUUCGAAAGAUGCUUUGAAGUUGAAUUGUAAACCUCCUGUUGAAGAUGCAGCAGUCGUAUUGAAGAAUGAUCGUCACUCUAGCAAAGGAAAGUUGAAGAUAGCACUUGAGGAUGAACAGAUCAACCUGGAUUCUGGAAAUCAUAUGCCGAUAGGUCAGAAUGGAUCUCCGUCGGCUGGUGGCAGCUCAAAGAAAUCAGCUAAUAAGCAACAAAAGAAGGUUCCCAAGUUUCUUAGAAAUCGCCUCGGUGAUAAUGCUGUAGCACUAGCAGAACUUGGUGAUGCUGAAAUCGGUCCUGACCUGAUUGAAGAAAAAACAGAUAGAGACAAGGAUCCCCCUGAAGGGUUGCCAGUUCGCGGUGUUUGGCAAAACGGAGGUGGCCGUAGACUCGUGAACAUGACCAUGAGAAACCGUCUGAAACGUGGAGUUGUCUGAUCUUAGUGCACAACUGCUAGUUAGUAC